AAGGAUCUUUCAUACUGAACUUUGCUCUGAAAAACGGGAAAGCCUCUCCUGUGUGGAAUUGAAAUAGAUAUUUGACAGUUGUCUUAAGUAAAAAUUCAGCAAAAAUGUCUGUCAUAGAUCCUUACCAGCACAUUGUGGUGGAGCACCAGUACUCACACAUAUUCACUGUGACAGUAAGGAAAGCCACAAAUGUCACCAAGGGAGCCAUUGGUGACAUGCUUGACACUCCAGAUCCCUACGUGGAGCUGUUCAUCCCCACCGCCCCCGACUGCAGGAAGAGAACCAAACACUUCAACAACGACGUCAACCCCGUGUGGAACGAGACUUUUGAGUUCAUCCUGGACCCCAACCUGGAGAAUGUCCUCGAGGUUACUCUCAUGGAUGCCAACUACGUUAUGGACGAGACUCUGGGCACAUCCACAUUUCCCAUCUCCUCUCUGAAACUGGGAGAAAAGAAGGAGGUCCAGUUGACUUUCAAUGAUGUCACAGAAAUGACUCUGGAGUUGUCUCUUGAGGUAUGCUCUUCCACAGAUCUCCGGUUUAGCAUGGCCCUGUGCGAUGAGGAGAAGAAAUUUCGGCAGCAGAGGAGAGAGAACAUCAUGCACAGCAUCAAAUCAUUCCUGGGAGAGGAAAACAGCAAGAACUUGACCACUUCCCGUGAUGUCCCGGUCAUAGCGAUCCUGGGCUCGGGAGGUGGAUUUCGUGCCAUGGUGGGCUUUGCUGGAGUCAUGAAAGCACUUUAUGAGUCAGGAGUUUUGGACUGUGCCACUUACAUUGCCGGGCUCUCUGGAUCCACCUGGUACAUGUCAACUUUGUACUCACACCCAGACUUUCCAGCCAAGGGCCCGAAGGAGAUCAAUGAGGAGCUGAUGAACUGUGUGAGUCACAACCCCCUCCUGCUGCUCACUCCUCAGAAAGUCAAGCGCUACAUCGAGGCCCUGUGGAAUAAGAAGAGCUCGGGGCAGCCCGUCACCUUCACGGAUAUCUUUGGAAUGCUGAUAGGGGAAACACUUAUCCAUGAUAGAAUGGACACCACUUUGAGCGACAUGAAAGAGAAAACCAACAAUGCCCAGUGUGCCCUGCCCCUCUUCACGUGUCUCCACGUGAAACCAGACGUGUCAGAGCUGAUGUUUGCAGACUGGGUGGAAUUCAGUCCCUAUGAGAUUGGUAUGGCCAAAUAUGGCACCUUCAUGUCUCCUGAUCUGUUUGGCAGCAAGUUUUUCAUGGGGACAGUGGUGAAGAAGUACAAUGAAAAUCCCUUGCAUUUCCUCAUGGGUGUUUGGGGCAGUGCAUUUUCCAUAUUAUUUAACAGAGUGCUUGGUGUCUCCAACUCUCAGAAUAAAGGCCCCACCAUGGAAGAAGAAUUAGAAAAUAUCAGGCUAAAGCACCUUGUAAGCAACGACAGCUCAGACAGUGAAGAUGAAUCACAGCAUCCAAAAGGCAGUGGGAGCGCCGAGGCCGGGCAGGAGCAGCGGGAGAGCGGCCAGGAGAGUGGCCAGGAGAGCGGCCAGGAGAGCUGGGUGCAGCGCAUGCUGAUGGCCCUGGUGGGGGACAGUGCCCUGUUCAACACCAGGGAGGGCCGUGCUGGCAAGGUGCACAACUUCAUGCUGGGGCUGAACCUCAACAGCUGCUACCCCCUGUCCCCCCUGGCAGAGCUGCUCACCCAGGAGUCCGUGGAGGAGGACGAGCUCGAUGCGGCCGUUGCAGAUCCUGAUGAGUUUGAGAGGAUUUACGAGCCACUGGAUGUGAAGAGCAAGAAGAUUCACAUUGUGGACAGUGGGCUGACGUUUAACCUGCCAUACCCCCUCAUCCUGAGGCCUCAGAGAGGCGUCGAUCUCAUCAUCUCUUUUGAUUUCUCGGCAAGGCCAAGUGAUUCCAGCCCGCCUUUCAAGGAAAUUCUGCUGGCUGAGAAAUGGGCUCGAAUGAACAAGCUGCCCUUCCCCAAAAUAGACCCCAAUGUGUUUGACAGAGAGGGCCUGAAGGAGUGCUACGUGUUCAAACCAAAGGACACCUCUUCAGAGAAGGACUGUCCCACCAUAAUCCACUUUGUCUUGGCCAACAUCAACUUCAGGAAGUACAAAGCUCCAGGUGUUCCCAGGGAAACACAGGAAGAGAAGGACUUUGCAGACUUUGACAUUUUUGAUGAUCCAAAUACACCUUUCUCUACCUUCAACUUCCAGUAUCCCAACGAGGCUUUCAAGAGGCUCCACGACCUGAUGGAGUUCAACACCCUCAACAACAUAGAUGUGAUCAGGGAGGCCGUGGUGGACAGCAUCGCAUACAGGAAGGAGAACCCGUCGCGCUGCUCCGUGUCCCUCAGCAGUGUGGAGGCCCGCAGGUUCUUCAACAAGAGCCACCUCAACAACAACCACGCGUAGAGGCCGUGCCUGGCUCCUGCUCCCGUGCCUGCAGCUGCAGCCCCAGCCACUCCAGCUGCUCCUCACCC